CCACACCAUAACCAAAGGACUCCCUCAGUCAUUCACUGUCCUUUUAUCCAUGGCUACCUCUUUAUCUCUCCCAAACUUCCUCUCCUUCUUCUCACCUUCAAACCCACCUCCCAAAACCCCGGUGCCACCACCCCAACUCUCCUUUUCCACGCCGCAAGCUCAAAAGUACAAGUCUUUAUUGUUUUCCCAAGAGAAUGAUGGUGGUCACUGUGGUUCUUUAUCGACUGAAUUGUCAUCAGUUGUGUGCCCUUCACUUGCUUAUUCAAAUACCCUUUUCUUUAAAUCAGCAUAUAAUGUGCAGGUCGUUGUGGAAGAUAAUGAGCCUGAAGAGAGGUUGCUGAAUAGGUUCAGGAGAGAAGUCAUGAGAGCUGGUGUUAUUCAAGAGUGUAAGAGAAGGAGGUUUCAUGAGAACAAACAAGAAGAGAAGAAACGUAAGGUCCGUGAAGCUCAUAAGCGUAAUCGAAGAAGGCGCCCCCAGAUGAGAGGCCCAUUCCAAAACAAGCCAGAAGCAUCUCCAAGCAAGAAGAAUGAUGAUGAUGACGAUAACUGGGAAAUGCCUGAAGGAGACGCUUCUUUUUGAAGCAUUCACCCUGCCUUCUGACUGUAUAAUUUCUUCAAGAUGUGAAUGUAAGAGGCUAUUUUUCCAAUUAAGGUUUCUCAAGUAAAUCAUGUUAUUUGUUUGACUCCAUACGUUUCCUUUUUGUUGCUUUUUGUAUCCAAUGUAAUGAUAUUCCACCGUUGAAUCAAUUGAAGGACCCUUAAUCUUGUGUGACUUGAA